CAGAGUCCAAAGCUGACUUUCAUUUUUUGUGCGUAUUUUACAGUCGCAAUAAACUCCAUUUCGAAUUUGACAUUUUUUACACGCCAAUCCAGAACCUUCGAGAAAUUACAGAAUGUUGUGGAAAAAGGAGACUAACAGAAAUGAUCCAAUCUAUGUGGACAUUUUUGCAUUGAAUGGUGGACUAGCAUCAUUGGGUAUUGUUCCUCAUCAUGCUCGAUGUGAAGAUACGGACACCACUUUCAAUAAAAACGAUGCGGUGUCAUUGCAAAAGCGGAAUGAGGGAAACGAACACUUCAAACAAGGCAAAUUGUUGCAUGCGAUAGAAUUUUAUGGCGAAAGUCUCUGUUAUGCUGAAAAUGGUUCGAAAAACAUCAGUUUGGCGUAUGCAAAUCGAUCGACUUGCUUUUUGAAGUUGAAACGAUAUGAAGAAUGUCUCACCGAUAUCGAAAUGGCCAAACAAGCCGGCUAUCCAGCGGAUUUGAUGCCCAAGUUGGAGCGACGCAAAGAGGAAUGUUUGAAGGGUAUUGGAGAAGGUGAAAAGUCUAUGCAAUUCGAAUCGAAGUUGAGCUUUGAACCAGACAAAUAUUUUCCAUGUUUGGCAAACGUGCUCGAAAUUGAUGUAGACGAUGAUGGUGAUCUAGCGAUCUUCGCCAAAGAAGACAUUGACGUAGGUCAAAUCGUAGCAGUGGAAAAAAUGUUCAUGGGAUAUAUUUACUCAUGGCAUGGUUUGGCAUGUAACAUUUGCUUGAAAACGAACGCUAAUCUUAUGCCCUGCAUGAAAUGCAAUGUGGCGAUGUUCUGCAGCGAAGAAUGUCAAGCUCAUCAGCUGCACAAAUUCGAGUGUGGUUUGAAGGCAUGCAAAUGUGAUCUGACAAACAACAACAUAAUGCGUGUUGUUAGAAGUUUCCUGCUGAUAGUCGACAGUUUUGAGAGUGCUGAUGAGCUGAUGACAUUUGUGGAGCAAGCCAUUUCAAGUGAUCGAAACCAAAUGCCAUCGAAUUUAUCGGAUGCGAAAUCACAGUAUGAAGCAUUUCUGAAGCUACCUAUUGGUUCACAGUCUUCCCUGCCGAAAGAUGUUUUAUGUAUCAUAUUCGAAGCUCACAAAUUGCUAUUCAGCAUUCCAAAGAUCCAUUCCAUGUUCACAGCCGAAAAGCAUCGCCGCUUCUUGAUGCAUCUAAUGAGUCAUCACUAUCAGAUUUUGGAUCUAAAUUCGAUAGUUCAUUCUUUGAAAUUAUGUUCCGAUGAUCAAGACGAAGAGACAAGUAAUGGAAAUGGCCACGACAGCGUGAAAUGGGCGAGUAGUCAGAUCGGAAUGGUUUCUCGGUAUGUGAAAAACUCUUGUGCGCCAAAUGUGCAUGAGACUACAUCAAAUGGCAACACCGUCAUCGUUACUGUUCGACCCAUCAAGAAAGGACAACAACUUUCAAAUGCGCUUCUCCUGCAGCUUCUAACGCAAUCCAAAAAGGAACGAAAGCAAGUUUUGUGGCGUGAACGGAAAAUGAAAUGCAAAUGCGUCCGAUGCAAAGGUCUUAUCGCAUCAACCGUGCAGCGUGAGAUAAUUCUAGCCGAUCCAGAUUUUCAGUUCAUUUCUUCUGACUGGUCUGAUGAUUCGAGCGAAGGAUUUGAUGUGGCAAUACAGGCAAGAUUCGAGAAAUGCAAGUCUUUGUUGCGCAGAUAUGGUCAAUUUCCAUGGUGCGAAGAAUUCGGUGAGAUAGUAGAACUCUUCAUUCGCCUUAUUUGCAUUCAACAACAGCAAAAAUCUUAACAACUGACGUUCAAACGAUCAAAUUAUUCCAUUGAUACUUAUAUACAAAAUUAAUCCAUACAGACUGUAUCAGUAUCUACAUUAAAUUUGCAUUUUCUUAAUUAUUCAUGAUUUUAGAAUACGCACAUAUGCUAUAUAAGGCACUUUGUUGAACCAGAAACAAUUUUAUGUGACAAAUAAAAUAAAGCCAUAUUUUGAUAUAAA